AUGCCGAAGCUAAUGAGAAAUAUCUCCAAUAAUCAGGUUACUCCAGCAUCAAAACCUGUUAUGAAGAAUAUUCAAACACGUUCAGCUACAGUUUGUAUAACAAAAGAAAGAAAAUCGAAAAUUUCUCAAUUAAAUUCUAAUCGUUCAUCAUCAUCGUCAUCUGACGAUUCACUGUCGUCCACUUCUUCUUCAGACUUAUCGUAUACUUCCUCUCGUUCAUCAUCACAAGAGAGUGAUAACACAUUAAAUGUGUCAUUUAAAAAACUGUCCCUUUCGUCAAACAAUUUUAACACAACCACAACAAAAUCGAAAUCAAUUGCAGCAACAGCUAUUAAUCCAGAAAUCAUAAUCUCCUCAAAAUCAUCCGAACCAUCAACAAUAACACAUCCAAUUAUGGGUCCUAUGUCAUAUUUGAAAACGAAACGUGGUGGAACAAAUUUGUGUAUGAAUGGAUUUAGCUAUCAAAAGUGUAAGGAAAUGAAGAAUGGAAUAAAAUGGUGGUGUUGUGAAAGUCGUAAUGAAUCGGUGAAAUGUCGAAUAUUUUUAUAUACAAGUUUUAAUCAAGGAGAUGAUGAUCAUCCACAAUAUGAUUUUAAAAAAAUAGUUGGAGACCAUAAUCAUCAACCAGAUAAAGACAAACUUAUAAUUCAAAAGUUCAAAUCAGAUUUAAAACAAAUGACACAAUCACCAACAGUCCCACCAUCAAUUGCCACUUUCAAUGAACUUGUUGCAAAUAUGAAACUAGGAACAAGUGAAAUGGCACAGUUACCAUCAUACAAUAGUAUUCGUAUGUCGCUUUGGAGAGCUCAUAAUAGAAAUAUGCCUCAACUGCCAACCGGCAUCAAUUUUCCUAUUCCGGUUGAAUUUUCCACCACAACUGAUGAUGAACCAUUUAUAUUAUUGGAUCAUUCAUAUGCCAAACAGACAAAAAGAAUAUUAAUGUUUUCAUCCGAAAAACAAUUCAAAGUAAUGUGUGAAAGUUCAUCAUUAUAUAUGGAUGGAACAUUUGCUAUAACACCUCGAUUAUUCAAGCAGACCUAUAUAAUUCAAGCUCAUGAUAUUCAAUCAAAAAAUGUUCUACCAGUAGCUUGGAUUCUUUUAAAUGAUAAAAAAGGUUCAACAUACAAAAUUUUAUUCACAAAAAUUAUUCUUUUAGCAAAAACACGUGGAUAUGAAUUUUCUCCAUCAAAUAUAAUGUCUGACUAUGAGUCAGGAAUUAUAUCAACUUGGAAAGAGUUGUUGCCUCAAACUAAACAUGAUGGUUGUUUUUUCCAUUAUCUACAGAAAAUUGUUAAACGAAUGAAAAAGUAUGGUCUUUGGAUGCAUUAUUUAAAUGAUAGUAAUUUAUACAUAUGGAUUAAAAAAAUGAUGGCUAUUCCAAUGUUAUCAGCAACAAAAAUGCUAGAAGCAUUUCAAUUAAUUGAAAAAGAAAAGAAAACCGAUCGUAAAUUAAAACGAUUCAUACCACAAUUAAAUAAAAUGUUAUUUUACUAUAAGAAACAAUGGCUAGCACCUGGUAUGAUCAAUAUGGUUUGUGUUUAUAAUAAAGCCAAAAGGACAAAUAAUUAUAGUGAAUCUUAUAACAAAACCCUCAAAUCGACAAUGCCUCGACGAAAACCAUCAAUUUGGCAAUUUUCUCGUGUACUUAAAAUGGAAGAAACCGGUUUUCGUAUUAAAAUGGCACAAGGUGGUGCCGGUAAUUCAUCUGUUAAAUUAAUAAAAGGAUCGAAUGUUAUUGUUAGUGAACAAAUCACAGAACAAAUAAAUGAAAUUAAUCAUCAACUGAUAAAGAAUAAAAUAGAUCUUUUAAGUGCAUUGGAUAAAUUACGUGAAUGUGUUGGAACGAAAUAUGAUAAUAUUAUUGAAAACGCAAUGGACGAUCCAAAAUUCGAUAAAAUAUAUCCCGUGAUUACAAAUCAAAAUCUAUUAGAAGAGUUAAUACGAUUUAUUGAGUUACCACCUAAGAAGAUUAAAGGUGUUGGUGUCGCCAACGGAGAAAUAUUUAAAAAAGAAAAUGGUCGACAAAUCAGUGGAAGUCAUCGUUAUUUAGGAGUUUUAGAAGAAGAUGGAACAUAUAAUAUUUAUAAAAAGAUUAAAGGUGGUCCAUUAGAUGGUCAAACUUGGUUAAUUUUACGAGUACAAGAUGAAUGUUAUCGUAUGACAAAAUUUAUAUUAGAAUAUGCCAAAACAAUGGGUGAUAUGCCGAGAAUUCGAGAUGUAGAAGAUUAUUUCACCAAUAAAAAGAUUCUUGUUUGUCGUGAUCGCAUCCAAAUUAUUUUGAAUCAUUGUCACGAUGCAGUUAACAUUAUCAAUAAAAAGACUAAUAUUGAUUAUGAUGUUACAAUUUUAUCAACUACAACCAUACAUCAAGAAAAGGAAAAGCUUUCUCUAGAUAAAACAACUAAUACUAACUCAAUACAAAUGUCAAAACAAAGUCAAUCAUCAUCUGAUCCUGUAUUAUUAGAUGAUAUCAAUAAAAUGAAAUCAUCAAAACGAUUAGCUAAACCUGUUGUGAGCAAUACUAUAUCACCACAGCCGGAGUCCAACACAACGAAGUGUGGUACGCCGUUGGUGAAUCGAUUACGUAAACGUAAAAUAACAUCAUCACCAAUUACGGAUGUGAAAAAUAAUCGAAAACCUGCUAAAGCUAAUAGCUGUGGAGAUCCUGUCUCGUCCAUCACGUCAAAGAAACGUCGACGUCAAUAA